AUGCAAAGUGAUCAAGCUCCACAAACUGAACAAUUACUAUCACCAGAGGGAUUCAAAGCUAUAGAAGAUAACAUAGUGAACAAUCAAGCACUUGACAUUUUCGCAAAGGAGACAAUUCUGAAUAAUUUUUAUAAUUAUCAUAAAAAAGUACGAAACCCUAAAGAAUUGCCUAUUGAUGAGAGUAGGCUUAAAAUUGAAAGUCAUUUAAUAAGAACUAAUCCUGCCUAUGAUGAUGAGAAAAAAGAAGAAUUGAUAGAUAAACUAUUUGCAAGAGCAGGAAAAUCUCGAAUGUCUCUAGAAGAGCUCUUAUCUGAAGAAAAGGAUAUAAUGAAAAAUCCUGAUUUGACAGAUGAAGCAAAAGAUAGAAAAUUGGAAGAACUAUAUACUAGUUCAGGUCGUGCACCUCCUCCUCCUAAAAGAGCAAGGAAAGACCCAGAAUUCACAGCAACUGAAAGCGCACUCAAUACGAAAGUCGAAGAGAUUAAAGAAUUGAAUAAAGCAAUACAAAAAUUCGAAACUGAGAAAACACAAUUAAACAAAGCUCGAGACGAUCUUUCGAGAGAAAAACAAGCUUUAGAAAGGGAAAAGACAGAACUCACGACAAAGUUGAAUACGGCUGAAAAUGAUUUAAAGUCUAAGAAAGACGAAAUCACACGUCUAACAACAGAAGCGAACAAAGUAACUCCUCUUGAAACACAACUUGCUGAAGUAAAAAGGAAAUAUGAUGAUUUGCAGACUGAAAAAACGGGAAUCGAUCAAAAAUUGAAAGAUGCAGAAAGGGAAAUAAAUGCUAAAAAGGAGCAAAUAGAUCGUCUCACAACGGCUGAUGAAAAAGUUAAACUUGAUGAAAAAUUGAGAGACGCUGAAAAAAAUGUCAAUGAUAAAAAUCAAGAAAUUUCUAAUUUAAAAGAAAUACAAAGAAACUAUGAUUCAUUAAAAACUGAAAAAGAAGGACUUGAACGAAGAAUUAAAGAAACGCAAAAAAAUUUAAAUGAUUGUAACAUUAAAGUUGCUGAUUUGGAUGAAAAGAAAUCGCAAAUUGAUGCGUUAGAAAACGAUAUCAGAGGAAAAGAUCAGAAAAUCAGAGAUAAACAAAUUGAAGUAAACAGUUUAAUGGAUGAAUUGAUAAAAGUUAAAAAAGCACUUAGUGAUUCUGAGACAAAGUUAAAUGUAACAAAAGAAGAAUACACAAGAGAGAUUAACAAAUUGAAAUCAGAACUCGGUCUUCAAGCUGAAAAUACAACAAAUGAAUCAACUAGUGAUAAACCACCAAGAUUAGAAUAUUCAAAAGGAAUAAUAUCAAUUAUAAGAGGGUGGAUUGGAAACAUGAAGCUGAUUCCUAAAUUCAAAGAUGCUGAUUUUAUUAGAGCUCUUGGUUUCAUUGAUGAUCCUUCUGAAAGUUUAAUAACUAAUCCAAAAGUAACUGCGUCCAGGCCGGCCGAUUUAAAUGCAAGAUCAAGUUUAAUGUUUGUUUAUUCAGAUAUUGUUGCUCCACAUUUUGUUGGUGAUAAAUUAACAAGAGUAUUAAGAAUUUUACCUCUAAAAAGAGGUCAAAGACAUGAAAUUGUCCAUGAAAGAUUUGUAAAGCCUUUUUAUUAUCCCGUGAGGACAAACCAAAUUGAGGAUGUUAAUUUCAUUUUGACAGAUGAAACAGGAAAUCCAAUCAAAUUCGCUUCAGGAAGGGUUGCAAUUGGUUUACAUUUGAAACGCUUUGUAUAAGAUGU